AUGAUAUUCGCUCACGCUCCAAAAACUUAUUUUGGUUCAGAUAUACAAAAAUCAUUGGGUUCUCAUCCUGGAUUUCCAUGGGCGAAAUAUCCCGGAGAAAAACAUCGUCCCGGUCAUAAUUACACUGAUCCAGAAACUAAAAAACCUAACACUACAGCGUGGAUAAAUAAAGCGAAACCUUACUUUGUGGAUCAAAUCAGAGCUACUCUUCAAGGUGAUUUAGAUAUGAACAAUUUCAAAGUAACUAAUUUAAAGUCUCCGGAAAACGAUAAUGACGCUGUUCACAAGAAAUAUUUACGGGAACAAAUAAAUUCAAUUGAAGUAAAUAAAAACCAUUUAGAAGAUAAAAUAAGUAAUGUGAAAAGAUUCUUCAAACGUCAACUACAUAAUAAAAAUUUUGUUAAAGAGUAUGGAAAGUCUUAA